GUGUGCAGGGUCUGGCAGCGUAACAUCUGUGCGUACGCGGUCGUGAUUGUUGUGAAGAUGGCGGAGGGGGAGACAGAAAAGGAAUAUGAUACACGGAAAGCCACCGAGGAGCUCCGCGAUCGCUUCCAGGCUCUGACCACGGCUUUAAAGGAGAGUCCGCAGCCUCCGCCGGAAGCCUCCCUUCACUUCUGCCAGGAUUUCUGCCAGGUUCUGGUGGAACAUGCCGGGCGCUGGAAGACCGAUGAAGACCCGCUGCCUUUGCUGGAGGUUUACACCGUGGCCAUCCUCAGCUUCGCUAAGGCUGCUUCCUGUCUCUCCUCAGAUUGUGAAAACGUGCCACUUCUACUUGAAAAGUUAGCAUUGAGCUGCGCGGAGCUGCUGCUCUCGGUGCCCCAGCAUGUCCCUGGUGCCUUAUGGGAGGAGUUCCAGUCCUCCGUGAAGUUGGCACACAGCCUUUUGCAGGAAAGUGGGAGCACCCAGCUCCGUCUGCUCUCAGUUCUGGCUCAGCAGGACGGCGUCUGGGCCAACGUCACGCUAAGCAGCAUCCUGUCCAAUCAAAUUCCUCGAACUGAACAAGUGCACGAAUAUCUUGAAUCGGAAGGUCCAGCGCUUCUCAACAUGCGAAUCAAGCACCUUAUCAAAGCGGACAGCACUGACAAAGCGGCUGUGCUGGCAAAGAUCUGCUCAGAGUACCCAGGGUAUGAAGGAAAAGGCAACUUCAAGCAGACCUACUUGGUUUGCAUCUGCAUGACGAAAAGUCAGGAGCAGCUGAUGGAAGAGAUUUCGUCGAUAGACUGCAAAGAUGCUCUUGAAAUGAUCUGCAACCUGGAGUCGGAGGGCGACGAGAAAGCGGCUCUGUGUUUGUGUACGGCUUUUCUGAAGCGACAGCUUCUUCAAGAAGACGUUUACUGUGCCUGGGAACUUACGUUGUUCUGGAGUAAACUGCUUAUGCGGUUGGAGGCGUCUGCCGACUCGUUCCUCAGUCGCAGCAAGGAGAUGGCACUGCAGUGCGGAAACGUCUGCCACAUUCUGUUUCUCAUCAAAGUUAUCCAAAAUGAGGUUGGAGAGGUGGGGCUUCCAGUGUGCGUAGAAAUGUGUAUUCAAGCUCUAAAAAUGACCUCCAGUGAUCACAAAGAAAGCAAGUCUACCAUCUGUAAGACCAUUUCCUGCCUCCUACCAACCGAUCUAGAGGUCAAACGAGCAUGCCAGCUCACCGAGUUCCUCCUGCAGCCGACUGUUGACUCAUAUUACGCCGUGGAGUCUUUGUACAACGAACCCGACCAGAAGCCGGAGGAGGACGGGAGUCUGCCGGUGCCGAACUCUUUGCGUUGCGAGUUGCUGCUGGCCUUGAAGACACAAUGGCCUUUUGAUCCGGAGUUCUGGGAUUGGAAGACACUUAAGCGUAACUGCCUGGCCCUGAUGGGCGAGGAGGCGGCCAUUGUCUCUUCCAUCGACACACUCAAUGACACGGAUGAACAGGAGAUGGAAAGCGCACUUGGCAAACUUCCCGAAUACAAGGAUUUGGAAGACUUCUUACUCACAACUACAAACGAACUCAAUGAGAUUACAGAUGAAAAAGAAAAGAACAGAGAGGCUAAGAAACUUCGGGAGCAAGGGUUUGUGUCCGCCCGCUUCCGAAAUUGGCGGGCCUACAUGCAGUAUUGUGUUCUGUGUGAUAAGGAGUUCUUGGGCCACAGGAUCGUCCGUCAUGCCCAGAAACAUUUCAAAGAUGGAGUGUACCUCUGCCCGAUCUGUGCUGACAGCUUUGAAAGCAGGGAGGUGCUAGAGCCCCAUGUAGCAUCACAUGUAAAGCAAUCGUGCAAAGAGAGACUGGCAGCGAUGAAAGCUGCGCGGAAGGUAACCAAACCACCUCAGUCACCUAAAAGUCCGACAAAAAUGGUGAAAGUUGCAGCCAAGGCGAGCAUGAGUCCCGUUAAAAUCACCCCUCAAGUUGGCAACAUAUCUGCAACUCCUCUUAAGAUAGAGCAACCAACGUCUGAUCCUCAGAUCAGUCAAGACUGUUACUGUCCUGUUACAAACUGCACAAAGGCUUUCAAGUUUUUCCGCAACCUGAUGGCUCACGUCAGAUCCCACAAGGACGACGAGGAGGCCAUGAGGUUCUUGGAGAUCCAGAAGCAGAAGGUGGUGUGCCAGUACUGCAGGAGGCAGUUCGUCAACGUCAGACACCUCAAUGAUCACCUGCAGAUGCACUGUGGCACCAGACCGUACAUAUGCAUUCAGCUGGACUGCAAGGCCAACUUCAACUCCAACUCUGAGCUCCUCAUGCAUAGAAAAAUACACCCUGAAUUUAAAGCCCAGUGCAUGUUCCCGAACUGCGGCCAAGUUUUCAGUGAGGCCUACUUGUUGUAUGAUCACGAGGCUCAGCAUUACCUCACCUACACCUGCCAAACCGAUAACUGUGGCAAGAUCUUCUACUCGCAGUCUGAAUUUCUGUCUCACCAGGAGCAUCAUAGACCAAAUGAUGCUGUAAACAGUUUUGUUGUAAUUAAUCAAAACCCUGUAUCUGCAAUGCCUGAUCCUGCACCUGAGAGCACCCUGAUGAAGGAAGACACACACCCUGCCGAGUUUGGUUUUGAAAGAAACAACAGAGAGGCGUUCAUGAACGACGUCUCAAAGGCAAAUGCAUCGCCAUGCACGUCACCGGAGGCUGCUAAAGUGAAACACUCAAUUGAGAACAUGCUGAAUUCAAUGGCUGGUCAUGGGAUAAAAGAACCGGAGAAAUGCUACACUCCACUAACUAAUCCAGCUCCAGCACCUGCCAAUGCAAACUUACCACCAGUGCAGCAUAAUGUGACCAGGCAAGGAGAUAUUCCUCCGGCAUAUCCUGUUCCUGUAGCAGCUCCACAGGAACACCAGCAUAAGGAGGUGCAGUGCAACGAAUUCCCAAAAAUGGUCCCACAAAUCAUGUCUCCAAAGCAAAUCAAGGCUGAGAUUCCUGCCUCCAUGCAGGGGUAUCCCUCCAGCACCCCCGCCGUUCCUGCGGGAAACGAGGAGAACCUGCACUGCUGCCCGAGCAAUGACUGUUCCCGGGCAUAUAGCACAAACAAGAGUCUGUCCAGGCACGUUAAGAAGCAGCAUCCUGAAAUAUUUGAAGACUGGAAAUUAGCAAAGAAAUAUAACAAAGUUGCUAAAAUUACAGCCAAGAAGGGAAGCAAGCGAUCCAACCCGCCAGCUAUACUAUGCAACAAACCAGUGGUGCAGCAGAUGGAUUAUCCCAUGGGAUGCUCUGCCUCGCCCUCUCAGUGUUACCCUGGAUCAGUUGAGCCUGUGCCCAUUACUCCAAUGGUCAACCCCUCAUUGUACCCCAACUGGGGGGGGCACAACAAUCCCAACACAGUGAUGCAGUCAGACAUGUCGCAGUCAUGGUCUCCUCCUAUGAAUAAUCCCUACCCUGAGAGCUUCAAUAUGAACGAGUACUCGUCCCGGAGCUACCCUCCCUGGCAAGCGGACCCGUACCACAACCCCUUGCCUCACUCUUCGGACCGAGAGCCUUCAAUGGCAGCUAUACACUCCUCCUCUAUGUCGCCCGCUCCUUCAGAAUCAACUUUGAUGUCUCAGUACGUCUCCAGUUCCCUCAUGCUUGACAACGGUGGACACAUGCAUAAUGGAGGGAACCAAUAUGGGCUGAUGCACGCUGACAGUACCGGAGACCAUCCGGAUGCAAGGAAAAGUGGACAUUUGGAUAACGGGAACAGCCUCUCGACCAUUGACAGCCUUCCUGAUGGAAGCUACCACACUCCGUACGCACAGAGCGAAAACUCCUGCCUCACACAGUGCUCUUCCGUUGAUGUUCCCAUGAAAUGUGCGACCCCUGAAGCACAGGUUGCUUUAAAGGACUGUGGCAAAGUCACCAAAACAGAGACGGCGUCAAACUCUGGUUACGAACAGAUAGACAACUCCGCUGAUGGCGUGGUCAGUCCUCACAGCACCACUCACAACAUUUUCCCUUAUGAUGAGGAGUGCCCUGAUGCUGACUGCCAGCCUAACCCUUCAGAGGAGAAGGGCGGUGACACCGACGCCCUAAAAGCGAAACGCAGCCGGCUGAGCAAACGUACCAAGUGGCCUGCAAUCAUCAAGGAUGGGAAAGUUAUAUGCAGAAGGUGCUUCAGAGAGUUCACAAGCACCAAAUCUCUCGGUGGUCAUCUCUCAAAGCGCUCACAGUGCAGACCUCUGGAUGAAAUUGACCUUACAGCGGACCUUCCUACGUCAUUCUUGGAUUUCCUCAACGACCCUCAUGUACCCGAUACAAAUGGCUCGGUGUACAACGUGCCAAACGGAGAUUUCUCAGACGGAUCUUGCAACCUCACCACUCUGAUUUCGCCUGCAAUGUUAAAGCAGGAACCUCAGAGUACAAACAUAAUGGAUGAUUCAAACUCUUUCCCAGUUUGCUCAGCAAACCAGCAGGACAAACCGGCAGAGACAGCUAAUCCCACACCUCCUGGACCUUAUCGGGAGGAUAACCUGAUGGAAAUGUCCAGCGCCUUUCAAAGAAUGGACCUGAUUGAGGCGGCGCAGGAGAAAAUGCGUAACACUUUAGCCUUAGAACAGAAGGAAAAAACAACAGAAGUAGAGAAAAGUAAAAGUAAAGUACAAAAUAAAAGUGAUGAGAAACCCAUUGAAAAGGUAACUAAACCUUUUAAAUGUGACCAGGAUGACUGUGAGUUCUCUUUCAUGACAAAGGAAGCCUUAUUCAAACACUUGAGUAAAAUGCAUGAUUUUUCUACUGAGAUGAUUGAAGAACUCAAAAGAAUCCCAUCCAAACUGUCUCCAUAUCCUUGCCAGAUCUGCCCAAAAACAUUCACAAGAACAACAGGCUUGAGAAUCCACUAUGAAAAGGUUCACCGGCUGUCAAAGGCAGAAAUGCAAAAGUUAAAAAUCAGUGCUCGUAAUCGGCGUGCCUUCAGACUUAACAAAGAUGGCCCAUUGAACAGUCAACCAAACAGUGAACGCAACACCAAUCCGUCUGCAGCGUCUGCGCCUGUUAUGCCUAUUUUAAAACAAGAACCAAUCGACAUUGCCAUAGCACCUCAACCACAUAAUGCAAAUCCUCCAGAAGUUACUCAAAUCACUCCAGGAGAUACAGCAAAACAGCUCUCAAACCCUGAGAUAUUGACUGUUACACGACUCCCAUCACCUCAAACUUAUCUGACUCAAAGGCCACUUAUGGAGGGGGCACCACCAGCGCCUAAUUUAACUCCAGAGCAUCAUAAAGGGGCUAUCAUACACAGGAGUCCCAAAAAUAAAGUAAAUCCCAGUGUGAAAGAGAAACUUAGUCCUGUAACCAAAGCAAAUGGGCAACAAGAUAAACCUGACGUGUAUCAGAAUAUAAUAAGAGAACCAAAGUCCUCCUCUGCUUCUGCCUGCCCAUCCCCAGAGAAACCGAGCAGCUCCAAAAGCACACCAACGAAGGAUGAAAGAAAGGAGAAGCUUCCAAAAAGAUUGAGCCUCAAGUUGUGUGAGACCGACAACGCCUUCAGUCCGUAUAGACCAUACAGGUGUGUCCAUGAAGGAUGCACGGCAGCGUUCACCAUCCAGCAGAAUCUAAUUCUCCACUACAGGGCCAUGCAUCAGGCAUCGCUUCCUCCUCUCAAAGCCGAGCCAGAGGCUGAGAAAAUGGUCCUGGAAGUUGAACCGGAGAUCAUCCCCAUUGGAAAAGACGACGAAGUCAGGUGUCAGGUGAGGAACUGCUCCAGGGUGUUCAUGGGAAUCACAAGGUUGGUGCAACACUACCUCCUGCUUCACAAGUUCACCUGCGACAAAGCCACUGCUAUGAUGGCCAGCAUGAACUUGGGGACAUUCAACUGCGAUCGGCCUGAGUGUGCCCUCCCCUUUGAUUCUGUGGAGAAGUACAUCGAGCACAUCAAGAACUUCCACAAGGAAAUCGCCAUUUCUGAGAGAGGCUCGGUAGAUCCGACGUUCCGGUGCGAGUAUGACGGAUGCGACCGCGUGUACACUACAAAAUCCAAUCUGCUCCGUCACCUGAUCAAAAAGCACGACUAUGUCUAUGAUCCCAAAGCAACCGAUGGGAGACGCACUAAGUCGAUUGGACUCUUUCCGGGGAUUAACAAUGGGAAAGAAAACGUGGAAAACAAAAUUAAAGUGAAGAAGAAGAACACUAAGAAGAAAGAUGGGAAGGCCAUUGAACACUGGACCAGUUUUGGUAAGCCUACACUAAAAUCCCACGAAGAGGCGUCUGCGAUGUGCACCAAGAAGUCCGCCCUGCAGUACCCAUGCAUGAUCAUAGGAUGCGACACGGUGGAGAGGGCUGAGAGAAGUAUAUUUAAGCAUUAUGCAACUCAUGGCCUCAUGGAGAGGUACAUCGAAGAUCAGAGGAGUCAGUUCAUUUUCUGCAAAAAGUAUUCACGCUCCAGAUUUAAAGAUACAGGCAAGUCAGAAGGUGCAUCAAGUUCCUCUGAGACGGAGCCGGACGAAGGGGAAAAGCUGUGCGAGCACAUGUUUGGUGAGCAGAAUCCUGAGGAGCAAAAUCCUGAGGAGAAAUUAACCCAAGACGAAACCAAGGUGUUCGCUGACAAUACUUCAGAAUCCCAAGCUUCCAAUUUGACAGAAGGAGGCGCUAAAAGAGGGCGUCCCAGAAAACCUCCACAUCCCACACCAGCUUGUCCACAAAGGAUGCAAACCCUUAGAAACCGCCUGACUGUUACCAGCUCAACAGAAAACUCAAAUCCAGGGACGCCGACCCCCCAGGAGCAACGGGACGACGGCGCUCCUCAGGGUUCCUUCAAGCCUUUAGGGCUAGAGGACUCAUUCCUCACAUUUUUGGAGACUUCUGAGACAACGAACGCUUCUAAGCGGAAACUAAACGAGAAAGCCAAUUUGGAGGUGCCCCCCAAGCGAAAACAAAUUCACAAACAGAAAGCUGUGUCCAGGAGCAAAAAGACUAAUGAACUGAGAAACCGCAGCAGGGUUGUAGACUUCAGAAAUCCACUAAAUCUUAAAUCUGUGAGUAAUGUAAAAAUUGUUAUGGAUAAAACAUUUUCAGAAAGCGCAGAUUCUGUGCUUAAGCAGUUACAACAUAUGAAGCCGAUGGUUAUUAUUAAGAGGUGGCUUUAUAGCGGAUCAUAGCCCAGUGUUUUGUUUGUAACUCAAAAUUACUCAGGAUCUGAGAUGUUAUGCUGCAGAAUGGUUUGUUUCACAAAGCAUCAGAUUUUCAACUGUUAACAGUCAUUACCACAGGUGACAAUGAAAUGGCCUAUUUUAUACUUCAUUAAAUAAUGUCUCGGAUGAUUUUAAGUAUGUAUGUUAGUUAUAAUAACCAGGUAUUCUAUAGGGCAUAGAUUUUAGGAUCAUGUUUGUAUUUAUGCUUAGUAUUAAAGAUGUUUUUUUUUUUUUUUUUUGCUAAAUGGACACUUUUAAAGAAAACUAUGUUUUUAAUAUAUCCCUAUGGGAUUUCAAGUUCUGUUUGUAUUUAUUUCAUCCUUUUUCAACACUAGUAGACCUAUCUGUAAUAUUUACAUGUCUUCCACAAAGUGUUCAAUAAAAUGUUACUGGUUCUUUUU